AUGAACGGCAUUGAUCCUCCAAAUCCACAGCAAAUGGCUACCAAUUCUUCAUGUUUGCUUGCUCCCGAAAUCCAGCCAUUUGAACCUCAGGCCGAAGACAUCUUGACUGAUGAGGAUUUGCUUGAUCUUUUCAGAAUUGUCAAGCAGGUUCUAAGAAAGAAUCCUGACUCUGAAAAGCUGGCAAAGCUGUUGUUUUGCAUGUCUUAUGCCUUGGGCGACCAUAUCAAAUUCAGCAAGCCAUGUCAUGAAGAUCGCAUUGUGUUUCGAGACAAUCAGUCAGCCGUGCACUCAGUACGCUUGCCCAGCACCAGCUCCUGCUGUGUAAACGCAAGCUCUUCCAGCCAUCACAAACACCAACAUCGAGCUUCUACCUCGACUGCUACGUUCAGCCUGAAUCACCCCCUGAAUGACAGUAUUUCCUCAAUGACCAAACCUGAAAAAGACAGUGUACAAAAGUGGAUUGAGUCCUCCUCUGUCGCAUCGACAGCAUCGCCAUCUCCCGUCUCGCCUUUGAUUCGCUUACCUUCUGUAUCUUACUUGACCAACAGCCAGCCCUUAACAUCGACUACCACUGCUUCUACCACUAACGUUGCACCCACAAAUACGACCAAUUUAUCCGAGAUCUCCAAUGACAAUACGUCGACAGAUGUCUAUUCAGUUCGCCCCUAUACAAACUUUCGCCCAUUAUACUCUACAUCUGCUUCGCCUGGAGCAAAUCAUACAAGCAGCCCUACAAUUGCUUCUUCUACUAUGGCAGUAGCAGCAACUUUGCAUUCGCCUAUUGUGAACCGACAUUCACCCUCUAUACCCUCCCCUUCUGCCUCUCACCAUGUAUCACAACACCAGCAGCAUUCAACAGUGGAAGUCUCGGAUUUAUCCAUGUCUCAUCCUGAUGCAUCAUCCAACGGAACAGCAGAACGCUAUCACCAAUCGACUAGCAACACGAUUCAGCACCCAGCGAGCGCAGAAGUUGUGAUGGAGCCUCAACAAAGAGGCUUCUACUAUCAGGAUGGAAGAAUCGCUCGAGAGCCUGUUUUACUACAACGCUAUGCUGAACAAGGCAUCUUGACACAAGCUUCAUUGAUGCGAAAACGUAAACGACACUCUGCUGAUGCCAAUUCACCUUAUGAAGUCUCUAAUCUACCAGUGCCAACAAAGAAGCCCAAGAUUCCUCAUCGACAUGGUGAAUUUGAGCAAAGACGUGACGAUAUCAUCAACCGUAUGCGAAGUAUUACCAUGGCAGAUUUGGAGCAAAAAGCACAACGAUUACCAAAUCAAUUCACACUCGCUAUUGAUGAAUCUGUGACAUUGGCAGAGAACAACUUGUCAGCCACAGUGUCCAACGGAUCCAUGUCUCAGGAACAGCUUGUUGAACUAUUGGAGCCAGCGCUACGCAUUCUCACGAACCAUUCCAACAUGAAGCCCCAUCUAGACAACGGCAUGAAUCAAAACGGCAUCUACUACAAUUCUGACUACUUUAGACUUUACCUGGCAUUUGAGCAGUUUCAACGCACCUUUGCCAUCUUGUUCCCCAACGAGGUAAUGAAGGUGCCUGAAACAGCAGGAGCAGGCAAUGCGGACAGUGACACCACAGCGAGCACGGCGACGACGGCAGCAGCAACAGAGAGAGACAAAGAUCGUGAGCGAAAUGCCAACAUGAAAGCAUACAGAGUCUGGAUCGAGCCAUUACUGACCGAGACCAACUGGGCAGCAUUUAGAAGAAACAUUGUGGUCGGCGAACGUAUGAUGCAACUCACCAAGCUUGUUGGACAGGGCGUGCUGCUCAUGACCAAGGAGCUCAGUGGAUCCAAGCUACAUCUCACAUUUACCAACAGUGAGUGGGACGAAUUUAUCAAUGGACUUCAGUCUGGACGGUGGGACCAGACAAUUGAGUGGGAAAAUGGUCAAAAGAAGCAAUUUGGCAAUACAAAAUCAUUAUUAGUCUCUGAAUUACAGCUGAAAUUCGCAACUCAUUUCUGGUUUUAUCCUGACGGCUCCAUGGUCUCGUCAAAGGAGCGUCGUCUCGUCAUUCAUGCGUCUACUGUGACCAACAACAAUACCAGCAACACUAUGCUCUUACAUCGAAAUUCCAUGGGAGGUCCUUCCAGUCUUAUGCAUACUCAUCAUCCGCAACAUCAGCAGCAGCAGCAGCAACAUCUUCAUACGCAUCAUUGA